AAAAAUAAAUCAACAAAUUUAAUAUUUUCACACUUUAAAAACCAUAAAUUUCUUGUAGAGUCUCACCUGAACAGGAUUCGGUUGCCGAAACAUGUUUCUCGAUGCGGACGACCUAAAGGUUCUACUCUGACCACUAUUGGUUUGCCAAAAAAGCGACAACCUAAUUUGUAUGAAAAAAGAGUACCUUUUUUGAAAUUACAUCCAUCAAAAAGACAUGCUAUGAUGCUGGGUUGGUUUUUAAAACCAGAUGAUGUCCAUAAAGCUCUUUCUGGAAUUCUCAUUGAAAGUAAUUGUAUUGAAAAAAGAGUCAAUCAUAUCUCAUCUGCUAUUCUUGAUGAAAGUGCUGGAGGAGCUCUUUUGUCACUACAAGGGUAUUUUACCCCAGAUGGAUGGAAAGUGCUCCAUGAACUAAUUGAUACCAAACCUCGUCAAAAAGUUUGGCCUUGUGCUGUGUGCCAAAAAAGCACUUGCUUGGGUAAUGACAUUGGGGACUCAGUAGGAUGUGAUUCAUGCCUUUUGUGGUUUCACAAAAAAUGUGUUGGUCAGAAAGAAGGAAAUUUUCUAAAAUCAAAAUACUGGUUUUGUCAUUCUUGUUAGAAUAUUUUUUUAUUAAUGAAAUAUAGUUAUACUUGACUAUAUUAUAUUUGGUAUCAAGUGCUUAACUCAUAUGUUAUAAACAUCAUCAGAUGUUUUAUUUUACUAUUAUAUUUUAAGUCUAAUGGAUUUUUUACACAUUGAUAGUUACAAAUUGUGUAUUGAGAGCCCUCAGGUUGUAUGUUAAUUUACAGGUUUUUCAGGUCAACUGCUUCCUUCAUUUAUUCCUUAAUCUUAAACUCAACUAAAUUUUUGUAAUCUAAAUAUAAAUAGACCGCUUAAGAUUUAACACCAGCGCGAAAACAAAAUACAGAAAAAG